AUGUCCUCCUUUCCCUUCACCAUUCAAGAACACACAAUCGAGGCUUCACAUAUACGCGAAUACGCCCGCGCAACAUCACACUCUCAAGAUGAGAAGCUCUACCUUCACAUAAAGCAAUAUACACCCAAGGACAACACCAAUCCUCGAAAAGGCGAUGUAACCAUCAUAGGCGGACAUGCCAAUGGCUUUCCCAAGGAACUCUAUGAACCUCUAUGGGAAGAGUUCUACCAUGAAUCCAAGCGGCGAAACAUCCGCAUUCGAGAUAUUUGGAUAGCUGAUACAGCAUGGCAAGGCCAAAGUGGUCUCAUCAACCAAGAUGCCCUUGGUAAUGAUCCAAGCUGGCUAGACUAUGCCCGCGAUAUCCUUCACAUGAUAAACACAUUCCGUCCACCACCACCGAUAAUGGCAAUGGGUCACUCGUUUGGUGCAAACGCUCUCACAAACGUCGCGCUCCUUCACCCUCGCGUCUUCACAUCUCUUGUACUUCUCGACCCAGUCAUCUCUCAUUUUGCUUCUACGCCUGGCGCCUCAAGCGCAGGCCCUGCGGCAGCAAGUAUGUACCGUCGCGAAGUCUGGCCUUCUCGCGCCGAAGCGGCAGCAUCUUUCGGUCGCAGCGCCUUCUACAAGGCUUGGGAUCCCCGCGUGCUACAGCGUUGGAUAGAGUACGGUAUCAGUAAUGUGCCAGGCGAAGAAAGUGUAACCUUAACCACGACGAAGCAUCAGGAGAUUUUCACUUUCUUGCGCCCCAGCUGGCAAGCCUACGACGCCCAAGGCAAAGACGUCGUCCAUCCCGAACAUGCGCCUGAUCUCGAUACAAGUCUCAAUCGGCGCUGGUCAACGUAUCCCGUCUACCGUCCCGAGGGUCCCAACACUGUCGCUCGCCUCCCUAAUGUUCGACCCAGUGUUCUAUAUGUCUUUGGUGGAAAGAGUAACGUUUCUCCGCCAGAACUGCAGGAUGAAAAGAUGGCUCUUACAGGAACUGGGGUCGGUGGUAGCGGUGGUGAGGCACAGGGUCGUGUCAAGAAAGUCGUCGGCGAGAACAAUGGCCACUUAGUCCCUAUGGAAGAUCCUCGCAUGUGUGCCACCGCUGCAGCUGAUUGGAUCAAGCUUGAGCUUGAGCGUUGGUGGGCAGAUGAGCGUCAGUUUGAGGAAUGGGCGGCCAAGUCCAAGGAGGAUAAGACGACCGUCUCAGACGAUUUUCAAAAGCACAUAGGCAAGCCUGCACCCCGCCCCAACAAGGGCGCCGCAAAGGCCAAAAUAUAG